AGUUAGUUGCUUUCAAAUCUUCCAUUGUACAAGUACAAGCGCUGGAAACUGCGGCUGAAUUAGCGUGAAUCCUCUUUAAUUACGAUUUAUAAAUUAAUAAUUUUUUACAAUGGCAUCUGCACUGGUGACUGAGGAACUUCUUUAUGAGGAAAAACCACUCUAUGUGCCACCACUGCAAGAAAUAAAAGGAAUUAUCCAUGACGCUCUGUCUAAAAACUUUGAAAACGUGAGCGUAGAAGUAGGUGAUUGUCCUAAUUUGAAAGAUCCUUUUUAUGGUCUAGAGGGUUCAGGUUUGGGUGGCUCUCCCUUGCUCCUCGAAGUAGGUGGCCCACCCUUCCUGCUGCCCCUCGUGCAACGCUCCAAGGUGUACAAUGUGAAAGAAAUCAUACAAAAGGCGCUGCCUGGCGAAGGUAAAAUUUUGGCUAUUGGUGCCGGCGCUGGUCCCUUUCCGCUGCGCAAUUCCAAUUGCGAAGGCAUCUUCAAUAUGGCCAUCGACGAGCAAGGUACGCUGAAAAAUGGUAGCUACACUGCCAAAGUGCACGGUGCUGAGGAAUUGUGUGUGUUGGAACGCAUUCCCGACACAGAUCCACGUUGUGCAUUAUUGUUGAAUAUAUACAUUAGCCGAGGCGCGCCUGGACCGGUGGUGAAGGUGAAGUGCAGCAAACGUAUUGGUGAGCUGAACUUCGUCGAGUGCAUACGCAAGGGCUUGGAAGCGCACUACAAAGAGCAGUGUGUGGGUAUGGGUGGUAUUUUCGUGCUAAAGAAGGGUGCGGCACAUCAGCACGUUAUGCGCGAUUUCAGCAAAACGCCACUUCACACGGAAGAAGAGUUAAAUGAUUGGCUGAAAUUCUACGAAAUGCCAGCUCAGCUGAAUGCUGUGGGCACACUUAUUACACACGAAAAUGACUUGGAUUUACGUCUACAGCACUUCCACUCCUUCUCCAAGUCAAAUUGGGGUGGUCACUAUCACUAUGACACAACGCCCGAUGUUGCAGAGUACGAGGCCUACUUGAAUGUGGCUGAGCGUGUUGUUCGUGUGGAUCGUCCAUUGGAGACACACAAAGUGGGUCGUGAUUAGAGGCUUGAUACUACUCUUCUUUGAGGCAAACGUUUAUUUUUUGUAUUUGCUUAAAAUAAGUUAAUUUGUUAUGAAUUUAUGUGUGAAAUUGAAUUUUGUUGAAUAAUAUAAGAUGUUUACCGCUAUAAUAGA